AUUGCACAUACUAGUAGUAGAUAGACUCUGCAUUGCUGCCGAAGCGAACUCAUGGGAGUAGACUGCCGAGGCGCAGGUUGGUCAAGAUGAAAACCAGAAAGUCUCGACAUGAAACCGCGGUCCAAGGUACGAAUGACAGUAGUAUUGUGAGCAAACUGUCCAUGGUUGCACGGGGCUAUUUCGAUGAUCCGUAUUUACGUGAAGUUGUCCGACAGCCAUGUCGCCGAGCACCACUGAUAAACCGGGGUUACUAUAUCCGCUCGCUUGUCAUUGACAACCUCUACAAGACCUUUCUGGACCAGUUUUCGGGACAGUUGUGCCAGAUUGUGUGUCUAGGUGCUGGAUACGACACAGCUUUCUACCGACUGUUUUCAGCUGGUCUGUUGUCUCACUGUCACUACUUUGAGGUUGACUUUGAUCGUGUGCUCCUCCACAAGCAGCAGUUGAUAGAUGCGAGCCCGCUUUUAUCUGGCUGUGCUUCUGAAAUUGGCAAGUCACCUAAUUGCCUACAUAAAUUGGUGCCAUGUGAUCUCAAGUCUCCAGACCAGUUGACAGGCUUGCUGGACAAGGCUGGUAUUGAUUGGACAAUGCCCACUCUUCUGGUGUCUGAAUGUGUCCUAACCUACCUCACUCCGGCACAUUCAGCAAAGGUGAUCCAAUGGGCUGGCACUCAUUUCUCCAAUGCAAUCAUAGCUGUUUAUGAGCAGACACAUCCAACUGAUCCAUUUGGUCAAAUAAUGUUGCAGCACUUUCGCAAGAUUGGAUCACCUAUCGAGGUGGCGUGCUCUACGCCUGGUCUUCAUGUGCAGAGGCUCUUGGAUCACUCCUGGUCUCAAGGAUGUUGCCACACCGCUCUUGAAUGCUUUCAUUCCCUUGUCGAUGAGAAGGAUCUGCAGCGAAUAUCAUCUCUGGAGUCGUUUGAUGAAUUCGAGGAAUGGCACCUUAAGGCUCAGCAUUAUGUCCUAGCAUGUGGUGCGAAAGGCUUGUGUGCGAACAUGCCAUGUCUGGUGAAGGACUGCACACGUCAUCAAUGUGUAGAUGCUGCUUCAGCUCCUAGUGAUGCAGCAAAUGAUAGACCUGCUGUGCAGUGUAUUCCAAUAGUUUCGACCGGCAGCUGUUCAAGCCAGGCAGUCACAUGUGUUGAGCGGUUUGGGCAUUCUAGUGUUCUGCUUGGUAGCGGAGACCGCGAUGAUGACAGUGCCCUUGUUCUUCUUGGUGGCUUUGGAGCUAUUGAGACGAAGCACCAUCAGAGGAUACAGACUGUGGAUGUAUUGAAACUGCAUACGGCAGGCUGUGACUCAGGAUCACCCGUAUCAACACAAGGAAGACUUGUUGAUCUUGUGGGCACAAUGCCAGAGAAUGUCAUGUUUGCCAAGUCUGUUGGCCUUUCAUCAUCGGAGGUUUUAGUCUUUGACGGCAGAAGUUCACCGAUGAAAUGCAGUGCAGGUGUGCAUCGUCUUCUGAUUUCGUCAUCACCUGCACCAUCACCUGCAGCGGCAACAGAAACAGCAGCUGUAACUAAGUGCAAUGGUAAACACUGUACUGCGGAAGAUACCAGCUCGGUGGCUUCUCGUGGCCAAGAUCCCAAUGCAGAAAGUCAGUCAGCUAGUGGCGAGUCAGCUGCCACUGCGGCGCCCGUGCCACAGACAGCAUCUACACGGGAAGCUGAUCGUGUGCAACGACUUCAUGUUACCUGCUCGCCAGUACCGUGCUCUGGGGAAGCACCAUGCCCAAGGUGGCGACAUACAGUCACCAUGUCUCCUGUGGAAGGUAAGCCCCGCGCUGUAGUGUUUGGUGGCCGGACGCCAGCAGCUCUGUGCACUGCGGACAUCCAUGCACUGGAUGUUACAAAUGCUACCUGGACAAAGCUGGAAACUUUGCCUGGACAUUCGCCUGUGCCUCGCCAUUCACAUUCAGCUACAUCAUGGAAGGAUGAGAUGAUAGUUAUUAGCGGUGGUUUGGAUGCGUCAGAAACUCUUUGUUGUGACAGCUGUUGGCUGCUGGAUGCCUCCACUUCUAGCGGCACUGGAGUUCGAUGGACAGAAUUAUGUUUUGAUCCACCACUACCUGGCAGAUAUUCCCACAGCUCUCAUGUGGUAGACAACAUGUUAGUUCUAGUUGGUGGUGUCUCCGCAGCAUCAUCACAACCGUCCAUUAUCCUUGCCAACCUCUGCAGCAGGACAUGGCAGCUACUAGACCUCCAGGUACCUACAAGAGAACCUCUACUACUCCACAAUCACUCGUCUCAUCUAAUCCGACAUUUAUCUAGUGACAGCCACCCUACCCUUGUUCUUGUCGGCGGUGGGGGCAAUUGUUUUUCUUUCGGAACCCACUUUAACUCCGAACUAUACUGUGUAGCGUUGCCAAUGCUUCAAUGAUGAGCAUUGUUGUUAGAUUGAUCACACCCACGUGUUUUGGAUUAUAUCUCUACUUGAAGUAUGUUUAUUUAUUCCCCCGCUUCUGCUUUUCAAAGCCUUUAGAGCAAGAUUUUAAUGUGCAGGCAUCAAGCACACAGUGCAUUUUGUAUAUUUUUCAUGCUGUGCUGUAAAGCAAAUGGCAUCUGAAAACUUGUGAAAAAUCCUAAUACCAACCGAA